UCUGUCUUCAGGCGAUAUAUGAUAUAUGCUUUUUCAAUUAAGUUUAGUACAAAUUAUACGAAAUAUAAUUUAUAACUUAUGUAAAAUAGCUGUUCAUAAUGUAAUAAUACAAUUAUGUUGUAAAAUUAAUAAAAGCAUAUAUAUGUACAUGCAAAGUGAAUAAAUAAAUUGAUAUAUCCAUAGCUAAUAUUACGAAAUGUCGAUUUCAAAUCUAAUUUAUUCACUUAUAACAAUUUAUAACUUAUAAAAAUACUUUUUAAAAUAAAUAAUUGAUUAUUUUGGUACAUUAUGGCGUAUAAUAGAAAUCCAGUUAUGGCAACACGAGAUCGAAGAAGAGAUCGGACUCGACGUAGUCGUAGCCCAGUACGUAGGCGUGGUGGAGGUCGAGGAGGACGUAGUGAACCAGGAUCUAAUUUACGUAAACCUAAAUGGGAUUUGAAAAAAUUGGAACCAUUCAAAAAAGACUUUUAUAUACCUAAUAAAACUGUUUACAACAGAUCUAAAAUUGAAAUAGAAAAGUAUUAUGAAGAAAAAGAAAUUACCUUAAAGGGUGAAAAUAUUCCAAAACCAAUAUUUAAGUUUGAAGAGAGUGGUUUUCCAGAAAUCAUUCUUAAAGAAUUAAGGAAUCAAGGUUUUGUUGAACCUACUGCAAUUCAGGGCCAAGGUUGGCCUAUUGCCUUAUCUGGUAACAAUUUGGUUGGUAUAGCUUCAACAGGAUCUGGGAAGACUUUAUCAUAUAUAAUACCUGCAUUAAUUCAUAUUUCACAUCAAAGAACUUUAUCUCGUGGUGAUGGUCCAAUUGUAUUAGUUUUAUCUCCUACACGAGAGCUUGCACAACAAAUCCAAACUGUUUGUGAUGAUUUUGGUAAUGCAUUUGGUGUUAAUAGUACAUGUUUAUUUGGAGGAGCUCCAAAAAGCGGACAAGCAGCUGAUUUAAGUCGUGGUGUAGAGUUAAUUAUUGCAACUCCAGGACGUUUACUUGAUUUUCUUGAGCAAGAUCGCACAAAUAUGUGUAGAUGUACAUAUCUUGUUUUGGAUGAGGCUGAUAGAAUGUUAGAUAUGGGUUUUGAGCCACAAAUUAGAAAAAUUAUAGAUCAAAUAAGACCUGAUAGACAAGUAUUAAUGUGGUCUGCAACAUGGCCUAAAGAAGUAAGAAAUUUGGCAGAAGAAUUUUUAGAUAACUACAUUCAAAUUAAUAUUGGUUCAUUAUCAUUAGCAGCUAACCAUAACAUUCAACAAGUAGUUGAUGUUUGUCAAGAGUAUGAAAAAGAAACAAAAUUAAUUUCUCUAUUAAAAAAAAUAAUGGACGAAGAGGAAAAUAAAACAAUUGUUUUUAUUGAAACUAAAAGACGUGUAGAUGAAAUAACCCGAAAAAUUAAAAGAUACGGGUAUGCAGCUGUUUGUAUACAUGGAGAUAAAUCACAAUAUGAAAGAGAUAAUGUUCUGAAAGAUUUUAGAGACAGUCGUUAUCCUAUAUUAGUUGCUACUGAUGUUGCUGCUCGUGGACUAGAUGUUGAAGAUGUUAAAUUUGUUAUUAAUUUUGACUAUCCAAAUAAUUCUGAAGACUAUGUUCAUCGAAUUGGACGUACAGGUCGAUCUCACAAGACAGGAACAGCUUACACGUUCUUUACACACUCUAAUGCUAAACAGGCAUCUGACCUAGUAGCAGUUCUUACUGAAGCUAAUCAAACUAUCAACCCAAAGUUGAGGGAGAUGGCUGAAAAUUGGCGCUCUAAUGGAACUUCUGGGAGAGGUGAUAGAAAACGUGGUUGGAGAAAUGGUAGAUCUAAAAAUUCUAAAAGUCGUUCAAGAAGUUGUGAACGCUACAGACGAAGAUCAAUGUCAAAAUCAAGGUCUUAUUCUCGAAGUCGCUCCAGAUCAUAUGAGAGACAUCGUAGACAUAGAAGACGCAAAGUUCAAAUUGAAGAUAUUACAACUGUCUAUAAAAAAAUUAACUCAUUAUUAUAAUAUAAUGCUAUGCACAUUAUUUCUUAGUGACAAUUUUUGUGUUUCUCAAUUUUCUUUUGUGUCUAAAAAUAGAUAAUCUCUUCUUCUAUCUAAAAUAAAUUUUAAAAAAUUAUUAACUUUAUAAUUUUAAAAUAGUAAUUGCAUUUAUAUUAAAUAUAUGUAUUGUUGUGAUUAGUAUUUAUUUCCUU